CGUAAACAAAAUGAUAAUUAUCUUUAUUAAAAUAGUGUAAGAGUUUUUCACGAUUUUUGAAAAUAGUAGCCUGUCAAAGUUGUUACAUUUAUUAUCCUCCGUUUAUACUUGUAAUUUGUAUGAAAGAAAAUGAACAACUAUGACACAUAAUAGCAAAGUACAUUAGCUGUGACACGAUAAACAUAAUUUCCUCAGAUUCUCGAAUACAACUUUACGCGUAGAUUGAGCAUAACCAAUAUGUCAGACGUUAAAAGUCUCGAAUACCCAACGUUAAAGGUUCCUUAUGAACUCCUUAACAAAAAAUUUCGGUUAGCACAAAAAGUCAUAGAUAGGGAAGCUUCGUAUGUACAAACGGCAGCUAAUGAAUUAAUGAAAGAUAAUAAAACUUCUGUUCCUGCUGGGGAGAUGAGUAUACUAUUAGGCGGAGUUGUGGAGAAACUUCAGACUUUAAAAAGAAAAGCACAAGAAUCUAUUGCGGAAGAAUUGCAAGCAGGCAUGGUUUGCAAAAGACGUCUAGAACACUUAAAAGAACAUGCCAAUACUGCUCCAAGUGUUGUGAAUCAGUGGCGGAGACAAAGGCUUGAUAGAAUGCUGAUAGAAUAUUUCCUUCGUAAAGGCUAUUACACAACUGCAACUAAAUUAGCAGACAGUAGCGAACUCAGAGAUUUAACAAAUAUAGAUGUUUUUAUGGUGUCAAGGGAAGUUGAAACGUCUUUAGCAAAUCAUGAAACUGCAAGAUGUGUUGGAUGGUGCUAUGACAAUCGAUCUAAGUUAAGAAAAUUAGGAAGUACCAUGGAAUUCAAUUUACGUGUGCAGGAGUUUAUAGAAUUAGUACGACAGGAUAGAAGGCUUGAUGCUGUCAAGCAUGCUAGAAAAUGUUUUACCAAUUAUGAUCAUUAUCAAUUGCAAGAGAUUCAAUGUUGUAUGGGACAAUUAGCAUUUCCAGCUAAUACAUCUCUCAGUCCAUACAAAGAUUUAUUAGAUGAAAAAAGAUGGGAUAGAUUAAUUGAGCAAUUCAGACAUGAAAAUUAUAGACUUUUCCAAUUGGCAAGUCAAAGUGUUUUUACUGUGGCAUUACAGGCAGGUUUAUCUGCAUUAAAAACACCUCAAUGUUAUAGUGCAAACAAAGAAGGGAGAAACCCAAAUUGUCCAGUGUGCAAUGAAGCUCUUAAUGAAUUAGCUGUCCCAUUGCCUUUUGCUCAUUGUUCACAGUCCAGACUUGUUUGCAGUAUUAGUGGAAAACCAUUAAAUGAAUAUAAUCAACCAAUGAUGAUGCCAAAUGGAUAUGUAUAUGGAGAGCAAGCAUUGGAGAAGAUGGCUCAAGAAAACAAUGGUACAGUAAUUUGUCCAAAAACCAAAGAAGUGUUUCCAUAUAAAAAGAUAGAAAAAGUGUAUUGUAUUUGACGAAGAAUGUAAAUUAGAUGUUUGUAAAAAUUAUUGGUUGCACUUUUUGUCCGAUCAUACGUGUGAAAGUACUCAGAAACUCUGGUACGACUUAUGUGAUUUUUAAAGAUAAGUAAACCUAAAGGCCGGAGAAAAAAUUCUGUAAUCGUCCUUUGAUCACUUGUUAACUCUGAGCUGUGUUAAUAUUAAUGUAAAAGUGAGUUGGCGAAACCGAAUUACAACGACACUUUUCUCUGAUUAGAGGCAAGGCGCAGCGUUGUACUUUUUCCGUAGUCGCUUCCGGUAUGUGUAAACGUAAUCGUAUCGAUUAAGAUGUACUUUUUGCGAAAACGAAGGAGGUGAAUAGAGCAAACGGAGGAAGAAGAAAGGAAGGGAGGAGAAGAAAUUGAAGAUGAAAAUGAAGAGGGAAGAAUGUGAAGAGGGGGUAGAUAAAAGUAUGACAAGAGCAACAUUGUGCAAGUGGAUCAAUCGUACGUAUGGUGUAGUCACCACGAAUAUAGCAGUAAAAUAGAAACUUUUAUAAAACAAGGUAAAAAAAAAAAAAAAAAUGAUGAAGCGAAUAUGAGAACAGAGAAACAAGUAGUACUAUUUAAAUACCAAGUUAUAUGCCUGGUGUGUGUGAGUGUAUAUAUUAUAUACACUGUAUAUGUAAUACGAGAUAUUCGUGAAUGGACAAAGAUUUAAUGGUAACUAGCUCGGCCAAAUAAUGAACCCUAAUCAAAAAAGUACAAAAAAUCGUAAGAGGGAAAUGAUAACGUUUCUGUAUGAGAACGUGUUAUAUUACACAUGUGGUACCGCUUAAAGUUUAGUCUCGUUUUUACUAAUUCUAAUGUAGCCUCUAGUCCUUUUUAGCACUGUCGUUUUUUCUAAUCACAUGCGCAGCAUGUGAUUUAAUUAUUGCGUGAUUAUCUGAAGGGCUCGAUAACGUUCGGAUAGAAGAAUGAUGUUUCACAAGUCAAUUCCAAAAAAAAAUUAGAAAAAAAAGGAAAAAAUGAAAAAAAAAAACAAAUGUUUAACGAAGUAGCGCCGUGUCGAAUGAGCAACGACUUUAUCGUUAUUUUAUACUCUUUUUUUCUGUUUGUUCUUUUACAUUUUUUUAUUUUUUCCUUUCCCCUUGUCCAAUUAUGGCCUCGUUUACGUGAAUUUAAGCGACAAGAGUACACGAUCAUUUUUCAUCUGUUUGAAGAAAAAAAAAAAGAAAAGAAAAAAGAGAAAAGAGCGAAACGUUCUCGGGACACGGCGUUACAUAUGGUGGAAUUAUAAUAUAAAAAGAAGAUCAACAAAAAGAAAAAAAAAAGACACUGAUGGUGUAUUUUCUUUCCCCUCGUUAAUGUGUAAGUGUUUCUCGCUCGUGUUGCCAGAAUUUACUCUUGGCAGGUGAUAAAA